CGACGCAAUCGGCGCAGUAUAAUAUAAAAUACACGGUGAAGCCUCCUAUCCUAUCCUACAAGUGAAGAAUUGCAAUGUGAGAAUCAAACUUGAUAUAAAAGUCUCCACGAUCCCGUAUUUGAUUGGCAACUUUGUCGAUCCCCAUCCCGACAGAACACAAGCCAUGGCCUCCUCAGUUGUUUCAUCAUGGUUGGAAUCGGGCGCAUCCGCAACCUCGAUGCUGCAAUCGGGCGUUUCCGCUAUGCUCGGUUCCUCCGAAACAAAUACGAUGCCAAGUGGAAGAGAAGCACCACCUUGGGCUGAGACGGUUUACGACACAACGACAGUUCUCGGAGUGGGAUGUGCGGUUUAUCUUUAUGGUGGAUCCGGUUAAUACAGUAAUCUCUUGCAAACACAUUUACUUGGUCAUGGUAGUGGGCGGUUGUUGUUUACUUCUGGAGGAUCACGUGUUGAUAGAACAGCGCAGUUGUGGUCUAAUGGUUAACAUACCAGGUUCCAUCCGGCUGUACCUCAAAGAUUACCUAGUUCGAAAAUCAGAAGCAUGAAAUGAUGCAUUCAAGUUUGGAGGACGCAUGCCAUAAGAAGCAGAAUAUGCAUAUGCUCUUCUCGCUCUAACUUUCAGUCAUCGUGAUGAGUGGCCUGAUGCGGAUCAGUACCUUCGUGUCAACGUCGAAGCGGCUCGCCUCAACGCAUGAGUCUAGAAUGAUGAGAGCGGUAGAAGAACACGAAAUACAGAUUGCAGAAUUGAAGGCUGCACGGGGAGGACGGGCAGAGGAUAAUGACGACUAUGAAGAUGGUGACGAAGACGAAGAUGGGGAUGAAGAAGGUGGCGAUGGGAAAGCAGAUGGAACAGGAGGAGGUGGAGGCGAGGGUGGAGAGGAUAAAGGAGGAGAGAUGAAAGGAAAAGAUUAA